AUGCCUAAUUCAUUAUCCUUUCCCUCUCUAUAUGUUAUGUGGCAUCUCUGGCCAUUGCUAUUCAAACACAAACGUAACAAAAAAAUGGAUAAAAGAUGGAGUCUUCAAGGUAUGACUGCACUUGUAUAUGGUGGAGCCAGCGGAAUCGGGCAUGCCAUAGUAGAGGAGCUAGCCGGUUUUGGAGCCAGAAUCCAUGUAUGUGACAUAUCUGAAACAUUGCUCAACCAAAGUUUAAGCGAAUGGGAAAAGAAAGGGUUUCAAAUGAGUGGUUCAAUCUGUGAUCUAUCCUUUCGUCCCGAGAGAGAAGCGCUCAUGCAGAACGUCUCAACAAUGUUCGAUGGGAAGCUCAACAUUCUUCCAACAAUUGAAUAUGUGGAAGACGAUUUCUCGUUCCAUAUUACAACAAACAUAGAAUCUCCUUAUCAUCUUAGCCAACUUUCACAUCCUCUCCAAAAGGCUUCUGGAUUUGGAAGCAUCGUCUUUAUUUCCUCUGUUGGAGGGGUUGUAUCAAUGGACACUGGAUCUAUCUAUGGUUUAACCAAAAGAGCUAUGAAUCACCUAGCAAAAAAAUUGGCGUGUGAAUGGGCACGAGACGGCAUAAGAUCCAACUCUGUUGCUCCUAGUUAUGUCCAAACUGCUAUGACUCAAACUCUUCUCGACGCCGGUAACAAGAAGAGUUUGUUAAGUAACAUUCCACUUGGUCGCGCUGGAGAGCCAAACGAGGUUGCAUCACUUGUGGCUUUUCUCUGUCUCCCCGCAGCUUCAUAUAUUACUGGUCAGACCAUUUGUGUUGAUGGAGGUCUCACUAUCAAUGGUUUCACCUAUCAGCUUGAGUGAGUCGACACUUGUGUGCGUGUGUGUCUUUUCAUCUAAAUUAUUGAAUCUAAAUUAUAGAUCAAGUUUUAAGAAAGUGUUCCUCUCUGUUUCUAGGAGCACAUCUCACCUGUCAUUUCCACAAGUUAUAGAAACCGAUGAUUCCUUCUCCGUUGUUUCCUAUAUAAACAAGAAAAAUUAAUAAAGAAAGAAAAAGAUAAAAAAAAAUUUAGCCAAAGGAAGAUAAAGAGAAAUGUUCGUAAAGGAGAUCUAGUGUUGUUGUGUACUUGAUCGGGAUCACUACUAUAAUCCC